CUGCCUCCAAUCAGCCUUGACCAUAGGUGGGAGGGAGGGGCCCAAGAGAAGGGAGCUCCCAGGCCUGUGAUUGACACCCUCACCCACCACUGACCCAGCAACUGAGAGCUGUCGAGUUCUGUUUGACUAUGAACCUGAGGCACCCGAUGAGCUGGCCCUGCAGAGGGGUACUGUGGUGAAGGUGUUAAGAAAGACCACAGAGGACCCUGGCUGGUGGGAGGGGGAAUUUGAAGGCAAAAGAGGAGUUUUUCCAGACAAUUUUGUUCUCUUGCUGCCCCUGAUUAAGAAGCUCCCAGUCCGGCGGCGGAGUCCCCAGGAAUCAGUGUUUGAUCGAGAAAACCAUGUGUCCAGUGGGAGGAGGAAGACAUCCAAAGAAAUGAGAGCUGCUAAGGAGUCGAAGAAGAUGGAGUCUAAAAUCACUCUGCCCCCCAUCAAAAAGCUGUCCUCAGCCUCUAGCAGGCCCUCCAAGCCUCGGCCCCUUACCCCCAGGCCUCCGGCAGCAGGAUCAGCUGGGGACAAACUGAAGAGCUCCCGAGAACGAGGAGGAGGAGGAGGAGGGGGAGGAGGGGGUGGUGGCGGCCGAGGAGGAUCGGAUGGAAGUGGAGGAGGAGUGACCAUCUCUCUGACUUUGCCAGUGCCAGGCAAAAGCAAUGACAGAAGCAACAAUGGCAUAAAUGACUCCAAGACUGCUCAUUCCAGCCAUAUUCAGUGGAAGCCUCAGGGUCCAUAUCCCCCCAGCUUCGACCAGACCCCCACUCCUGGACAAGAGGAAGAAAAGCCCAGUUUAACAAAGAGCCAGCCCUUCAAGACCAAACAGCAGGCCUCAGAUAAAACUGCUUCUCGGGAUAAAUCAUCCCAGGAUAAGGCACCUUCCCGGGAGAAGAAACACAGUGAAAAGACUGCCAGUCAGGACAAAACCCCCUCCACGGAGAAGCCCCUCCCCCCUGACAAGAACGCAGGCAAGACCCCAUCCACAGACAAGGACAAGAAGACCUCCACCCAGACCUCCACAGACAAGAACAAGCCCUCAGUCAACCCCCUCCCUGUGGACAAACCACCCUCUUCAGGCCAACUCUCUUCUGAAAAAGCAUCCCCUGCCAAGUCACCCUUCCCAGAGCAGCCCCUGUCAGACUCUCAGGGAGCCAUAGGAGCAGCUGACUUCGAGCAGUCAGUGGAGGAAGAGAUAUCAGAUAGCGCUCUGAGUGGCUUGACAGACCGAAUGGAUCAGGUGGAGACUGAAGUCGCUUCUCUGAGGGAGAUGUUGGCGCUUCUGAUGUCACAGCAGGAAAAGGACAUGUCAGAAAUCCAGGAGGAGCUGAGAACUGAACGGGAGCAGAGACUGGAACUGCAGGCUAAGUUCGAGAUGCUGAAAUCAAAGACAAAUCUGGUGUAGGGCCCAGGCCGGAGGCGGCUUGUCCUUGCCCACGGACACAGGCUUCGCCUCCUCCCCAUUCCUGAGGGGCCGUCCCGCCCCUUCCCCACGGGGGCGGGAGGAGCCUCAAGCAACACCCCCCCCUCCUCGCUCUCCCCUUCGGGGCUUUGCGGGUGAGAGUGUGGGGGCUGUGGCUGGGCGCCCCAAACUCUGCGUGAGACGGGCCGGGGCUCUUUGCGUCCCGCCCCAAGGAGUCCUCUUAACCCCUCCUCAAAAAACCUAUUCCGGACGCCGCCCCGCCCCUGCCCCC